AUGACAUUGCAUUUCACUUCAACCCACGGUUUGACGAGGGCAGUGUCAUUGUAUGCAACACCAUGCAAAACAAUAAAUGGGGCUCUGAAGAGAGGAAGAACCAUAUGCCCUUCCAAAGGAAUGCGUACUUUGAUGUAA